AGUGAUAAUAUAAUUAAUGAUCGAAUGACUGUCGAAACUUAGUUAUUAUUAUUACUUCAAUGAAUGAGUAGUAUGCUGCUAAUGUUUAAUAAAUUUAUUGUUAAAAAGUUAAGAAAUUUUUUUAUACAGUAUUUACAAGAUAAAUGAAAACAUAAGCCUGCUAUAAUGUACAGGAAAUUGUGCAAAGCCAACUAUACUCACUGUAGCACAACUUAGUACUACUACUAGUACGUAGUAAUAGAUUAAUUUGUGGUCCAAAAAUUCAGGCUUACUAAUCCAAUUUGUGCGCUGCCGUUUGUCUGCUACUGCUUACACUGGUGUAAGAUUGAGGCUUAGGCCUUGCCUAAGCUGCGACAAAGUACUGGCUCAGUUUAUCCAGCAAUGGUAGAGACUUCGUGUUACGAUCGCCAAGGAGAUGUUAUUCGUCAUGGUGACAGGUAUUUUCCAAUGGAAAGUGACCCCUGUACGCAGUGUACUUGUACGAAAGGAAUGCCAGAAAUGUGCAUCUCUGUGUUCUGCUAUCCACCAGAAAACUGCCAAAAAUAUCAUGCUGAAGAUGAUAAGUGUUGCCAGUUUGUAUGUGAUGAUGAAAGUUUGGCCCAUUUUCCUGGCUAUGGUAAAAACAACAGUUAUCCUGCUGAUAAUGGUUCUACAACAUUAAAUGCCACUAACCUGGGUCUACGUUUAGUGGCAGGUGCUGUCACUUCAUUGCUUAUCUUAGCCCUGCUUCUGUUUAUGAUCAAUCGACUUCGUCGACGUCGACUCCUGUUGAUGAUCAGACGUUUUCACAGCAGGGGAGGAAAUAUGAGUGAAUCUCAGUUGUCCCAAAGGUUUUCUCUUGAUGGUGAUGAUGCUGGUAUGGGGUAUUUCAUGGGUCGUGACCAUGCUGAAUUGGGGCCUUUCGAUGAUCCGUCCCCACCAUAUGCUUUUUGGAAACCUCCAGAGACGUAUAUUCCACCAGGAGAAGCCCCUCCUCCUUACGAGGCUUCAGUGGAGAAUGUGGAAGCUCCAUAUUCUGUUAUUUCUUUGUCACCUUACAGAAGGACUUCACAGGUAGAUGUUACUCUCCCCCCACAUUGCUCUUCUUCUCCCGUUCAAGAAGCAACAGAAACUCCUAUUUCAGAGGACAGUUCUUGUGAGUCUCAGAGUGACAAAAGACCCUCAGAUGAAACCAGCAGUCCAUCCCAGCCUGUUCUUUCUAGUGUUAAUGUAACUUGUGAAAAUGAAGGCAAAGAAACAUCAUCCGUAAGUCUUGGGAACACUGCCAUCAGAUCAGAUGUUCGUUAUGAAGAUAUUCCCAUUUAUAUGCCAGAUAAUGUAACUGUUUUGCACAUUAGAGACAGACAGACCUCAUUUGAUGCAGCUUUGAGAGACGAAGACAUCACCAAUGGUAAUAUACUUAUGAAUCCUGCAGCUGUAGAAAAGGAAGAAUUUCGAAAUGAGCAAAGUGUACCUGCGUCAGCUGUUACUAGCCAUCAGCAACCAGAAGAAAGAGAAAGUGUUCCCCAAGGCAGCCGGCACUCUUACAAUGACAUAAUUGAAUACUGGCAACACAGACUGCAGCGAAUGCAAGGAAAUGAGAACAAAAGGCUUAGCCUUCAGCCCGUGAGUGCUGGUGAUAACAAUAACAUCUACCCAGACCCUACUACUUGGAAUGGAGAAGUCAGUGAAACAUCCUCCAGUUCUAGUCCAACUUAUGAACAACGGACUUUUAGUCCAUCAAGUAGUGAUUCAAGUUCAAUGGAUGUGGACUUUGAUCCUAAUGGAGGACUUAAACAGAAUGUGUCCAAUCCACACAAAAGCUCUAACCAAGAACCUUCCCAAGUUUCUGGUUCAACGGCAAAAAAAUUUAGUUCAGUUGAUCGAACAAUACAACAUCUAAGACGAUUUUCUUUGAACAGAAAAAACAAAAAGAAGAAGAACAGAAAACGUGGAAAAGGAAAAAGUUCCGAACAAGCUUCUUAUUUGAAGAGAACUUCACUGGAAGCAAGAGAAUUUCCACCAGACUCAAACUUCAGCUCAUUCACUGUCGGAAGCCCUGUUAAGAUAAAUCCUAUUUUCCAAGAUUCUGAAUGCAUAUGUGUCGGUGCUUCCCCUGAAGCAGUUAAUCCCCACGUUACGGAUAGCAGGUCUUUGGUCAGUAGAGGUAUUGAUGGCCAAGAAAUUGUGGCAUCGCUAGCACAGUGUCCGAGGAAAGAUCCUAGUGUUCAUCCAAACAAUUUGUGUACUGCUUCAAAAACAAAAUAUUCAACGUAUAAUAUGGGUAGUGUGUCACCUGAAUUGAAUGAUACUACUUUCCAUAAAAGGUUCGAACCUGUCUCUCCUACAGUGAUAGCUGUUCGCUGUAGUACAAAUGCCAUUGUCAACCAGCUUCCUCUGGAAUCUAGAGUACCUUCCUCCAAUAACCUACAGUCCAGUUUUGAUGUAGCACAUACAUCUCACCAGAAUGUUGUAUCGCCUGCACAAGGUAUGUUUCAGGCCAGUAAACUCUCUCGAUCUGGAUCAGUGUGUUCAGAAACUGGAGAAAGGAAGUUUGUUCUUCAUAAAGCCGCUUCCCACAUAUCAAAACACACUAUUGAAGAUGACCCGGUUUCAAGUUUCGACGUUUCUCCAGAAAAAGUUAGCAAAGCAGCAGAAGCUUCAACAAGGCACCAUCUUCCAUUGCAACAAUUGGAUGUUCCUCUCCCUUCUAGUUUUCAAUGUUGUUUGGCUCCUAGAUCUCGGGAACCUAGUACAUCUUGUCAUACAACAGUAAACGCGUCACAUAAGCCAGAAAGUAGUAAAAUGAGAAGAGAUGUGACAAGUAAUUACUCCAGAAGACAACACAAAGAACUUCUCGACGUGCCUGAUGUGAGAGAAAGAAUGGACAUAGCCACGUACUUAGAAAACAACUGUGCAUCUGGGGCAACUCCACACAUAGGUUAUAUUACCCAGAACUUGAACCACUUUAAUACGGAGGAUAAAACUUCUUCCCGAAGAAAAAAUGUAGGUAGUAACGGCAGUCAAAGUAGAACAAAUGACUCUUCAGAAAAUGGCACAGUAGGGGGAGCUCGGCCUCGACACUGGAAUCAACUCAGAAGAUGUCAGAAAGAGACCGAUGAUGUAAAAGAUUCCGAAGGUCUUAGCGACAUGUAAUGGUGUUAUUGAGAUUGUUUAAGAUUCGAUAUAGGUGUAGGAAACAUAUGUUUAUAUGUUUUAUAUAGAAUUAUUUUUACACAGAGGAGGAAACAACUCUUACGCAUUUCAAUUUACAUAAGGUUUUAUUCAAUAUCUAGAAUGAACUUUUUUUUCAAAGAUGGGAUUUUAUGACAUAGUAUACUUUUCGUUUAUUGCCAAGAGUCACAAAUUUUUCUUCCACAAUCUCUGUUGUUUAAAGACACAAUUUUCAUCUGUUCUGUUAACAGAAUCAUUUUUUAUUUAUUGCUUUGAGUUAUAAAAGUUUUGACUGAUUAAAAUUUCAUGGAUGUGACUGUGCUAAAGUAUUGGGUGCUUCUAUAGCGUGAGGCCUACCGCCAUAUGUCGCCUACCCAGGUCUAUCAAACAUGUAUAAAAAAUGUAUCAAAUUAAGUGUUUAUCGCUAAAAUAAAUGUAUGGAAAUGUGUGAUAUCCAUGAGGGAUGGAUAAUGCAGCGGUAGACCUCACGCUAUAGGCGACAUAUGGCGGUAGACCUCACGCUAUAGUAGCACCAAGUAUUGUAUAAUAUUUUGUUGUAGGUGUAGAGAAGUUUUGGUCUAAAAGAAAUGCUGGUAUUAUCCCUCAGAUUACCGACUUGUUUUUAUACUGCUCAUUACUUGCAAGGUCAACGUACUGCAUCAUAUUGAGAAAUGUUUUUUUGUCUAUUGUAAACUCUCAUUGUAAAGAGUUGACCAAAUUGAGUGAAAUCACUCAUUUUCUAUGUAAAUACAUAGAUUAUCCUAACAGUAAUUAUUGUUCACAAUAUUCAUGGCAUUUAAAAAAUGUUUUUGGUUGUGUGACUUGUUAUCUGGGACUCUGUAAUUCAUAGUCAAGAACAAUCUGGUGCUUAAACAGUUAAAAAAAAGCCAUUGUACUUGAACCCAAUCAGUAAUUCUAAGAUUAAUUUAAAUAAUAAAAAAAUGUUGCCGAAUGCCUAAAUAUUGGCAAGUUUUAUGAAGUGUAUGUUCUGUGCUAAUAGUAAAGAAACUGGGUACUUGCUGCAUUAAAUAAUUGGAUCAAAUAUUAUGUCCUUGUACCAUUGUUGACAGCAUACAUUUAGCAUAUGUAAUAGACAGUGGAUAGUUAGAACUAUAUACUGAGAUCUGAAGAAGUUAAACUUGAGACAGUGGAUAGUUAGAACUAUAUACUGAGAUCUGAAGAAGUUAAACCUGAGACAGUGAAUAGCUAGAACUAUGUACUGAGAUCUGAAGAAGUUAAACCUGAUAUAGUGGAUAGUUAGAACUAUGUACUGAGAUCUGAAGAAGUUAAACCUGAGACAGUGGAUAGUUAGAACUAUAUACAGAGAUCUGAAGAAGUUAAACUUGAGACAGUGGAUAGUUAGAACUAUGUACUGAGAUCUAAAGGAAUUAAACCUGAGACAGUGGAUAGUUAGAACAAUGUACUGAGACAUGAAGAAGUUAAACCUGAGACAAUGGAUAGUUAGAACUAUGUACUGAGAUCUGAAGAAGUUAAACUUGAGACAGUGGAUAGUUAGAACUAUGUACUGAGAUCUAAAGGAAUUAAACCUGAGACAGUGGAUAGUUAGAACAAUGUACUGAGACAUGAAGAAGUUAAA